AUGGCCGCCAUUACUUUCGCUGCAGGGGGGAACACCCCGAUGUCUGUGGCCGCGAAUGAGCCCAACCAGCAGGCAUUCCGUGCUUUUAACCUUUUGGAUAACGAAAGCCAGGAGCGGUUGAUACGCCUUAAAAGCCACUACGACAACCUACUUCCUAUGGAAAAAGGAGCCUUUGUUGAGAUGUUGGGGUUGCCGAUCGAUGCGCGGGAGGUUGCUGCGCUGUGCGAGCCCCAAGAUAAGACAUAUCACGUGGCGCUUUAUCAUAGCGAGCGCUACGACGAAGUCCGCCGGCGUGAUGUCGGAUUUGCAAUUCUUCGGCAGGGGCAAACCCCCCCGCUUUCUGACCCCCCCGCGGAUAAUUUCGCCGUCUCUGAUGUUGAAUUUCGCAGCCUUCUCACUCCUGCGCUCUUCGGCGAGGGAGAACUUCCCUUGCGGGUUCAAAAGCAAGCGCUUUACGACCGGGUCGGGAUGCUCCGCGGGGAUGAAGAGACAACUGCGGCCGAAACGGACGAAAAGGAAGAAAAGAACGGCUCUGAGAUCCCUUCGAAACAGGCCUCGACAACUCAUACAGACAAUCUGAACCAGAUCCCGGGGAUUUACCGCAGCAAUGGCUAUCAAUCCCUUCGCCUGGGGUAUAGCUUUCCCGUCCAGCUUAACCUCGAACGCGCGAAGAAAGGGGAAAUGGAGAAUGCGUGCGGGCGGGUUUACAAUCUAUCUGGGAUUCCAAUUGAACAAAAUCAGCUUCGAGAGUGGUUCGACUCCCUCGGGCCGCGCCGUUUUAUCGACUCCGACGAUGACGAGGCCGAGGAGAUGGGGGAUACCGAGGACAAUCUCGAGAACCUCAACUCACUGGACACGAAUAGAGAUAAUUAUUACAUCGAUAUGACAGCCUUCCUGGAUUACAUGCGUUCGCUAGAUCGCGAUUUCGGUGCGUCGAGCAUUUAUGAGCAGCUCGAGAAGGAUUGCGAGGCGCUCGCCAAGGAUGGGGAUAAACUAGGAUUUGGCGCAUUUGCGUAUCUGAUGCUGCGCUUUCUGCGAACCUAA